AUGUCUCUCCGACGGUCUGCAAGGACCGCCAAUAUGACUACUACUUCCGCAGAGACUGGACCAGCAACCAAGAAAAGGCCAGCAGCCACUUCGGACGACGCAGCUACAGCUACAAAGAAGGCGAAGGCUUCUGAAAAGUCGCCAAUAGCCGAAAAGGACGACGGUGUGUUCAAGAAGCCUACAGCACCGGCAACACCAAUCCGGAAGCGAAGAGCAGCUGCUGGCAAAGAGCCACCACCCCUCACGCCAACGCCCAGUCUUGUCAAUGUGAUGCGCGCUCCAUACUCUACAGGAGACAUAGAUGACGCCACGCCACCUCCCGAGGACCGACCCGUGGAACCACACAUCACUAAUGCCGCCCUUGUCACUCCAGGCGGGACUCAGACGGUAGCCUACACCAAUGGCCUUCCCGACUCAUCACCUUCCAAGACUGGUCUGCCUCGUCCUACAGCAACUACUGGUUCACUACUCGACAAGGCGUACGCACACCUCAUCAGCGUAGACUCGAACAUGGCACCUCUAAUCGCAAAACAUCAGUGUGCAAUCUUCUCUGCCAAAGGCCUAGCCGAGAAGAUCGACCCCUUCCGGUCCCUUGCAAGCGGCAUUAUGGGCCAGCAAGUCUCCGGAGCAGCUGCUAGGUCGAUCAAGAACAAGUUCAUUGGACUUUUCGCGGAAGAGGGUGCCGCAAACGCCGGCUUUCCGACGCCAGCUGUUGUCGCUAAGACUCCGAUUCCAAGAUUGAGGUUGGCAGGGCUAUCAGAACGAAAAGCAGAGUACAUCCAAGGACUAGCCGAGAAGUUCACGACAGGAGAAUUGACCAAUGACAUGCUGAUGAAGGGGACGGAUGAGGAGGUGAUGGAGAAGUUGAUUGCGGUCAGAGGACUGGGCAAGUGGAGUGUGGAGAUGUUCAUGAUGUUUGGGCUCAAGCGCGCCGACAUACUUUCGACGGGCGAUUUGGGGAUUCAGAGAGGAAUGGCGGCGUUUUUCGGCAAAGACGUGAAGAAGCUGAAGGCCAAAGGUGGUGGCAAAUGGAAGUAUAUGUCAGAACAGGAAAUGCUGGACAAGAGCGCCCCGUUCGCCCCAUACCGCUCAAUAUUCUCAUGGUUCAUGUGGAGAGUAGAAGAAGUCGAUGUCGAUGUCAUGCAACAGUGA